ACGGUGAAUAAAACUACGAGCAGAGCAGAACAUUAUACAUAUAUUAAGGGAAUUCAAAAGUGCAUAGAAACAGCCGCAGUAUGCACCCAAAGCUGUUGCAUAAAUUUCGCUUAACCAACGACACACACACAUCACGUGUCUGACGCUCGGCCCGCAGUUUUGUAGCCAACGAUCACGCGCGAGCAACAAGCAGUCUAUCUGCUGCUCUUGCUAUCCGAAACAAGCAGUUCUCUUGCGCUCUUUCUUUCCGAAAGAAAAAGUCUCUCUGGUGCUCUUUCUCUCCGAAAGAUGUUCUCACUGCAGCAAAUAAUCAAAGCAGCGACCGCAAAUAGCGGGAACUGCUGCGUGGGUGGUGGCAGCGAUCUCUACAGGCUGCUCAGGCAUCUCGGCAGCCUGACGUCAGCAGCAGCAACUACUACAGCAAUAACCACAACCACAACCACAACUACAACUACAGCAAUACCAAAGCACUCUAGUCAAGCAACAACGGUGUCGAGCGACAAAAACUUCAGCGGCAACGGCAUUCGCUCGUCCCAUUCGAACCCCAACGGUUGCUGUUACGGAGACUCAGAUUCGGAGUCGGCGCACAGCGUGAACGUAAACUUGUCAACGGAAUUCGCCCGAAAGCUGCUGCAGCAACGCAGACAGGACAUACAGCGCCUCAUACACACCCAGCCGCCCAGUGGACACGGAGCCAAAUCAUCGCAGCAACAGAAUCAACAACAGACGACCACAAAGUUCGCCAUGUCCUCGCUAGCAGCUGAGCCUCUACCCCAGGCCCAUACAACAGAUCAAAUCACAGCAGAUGCCAGCACCAAAAGUGAUGUGGCAGCAGCAGCAGCGGACGCCAGCAGUCCCAGCAAUGGCCUGGGCGCCUCCUGCCACGAGGCUGCCUCCAGCACGGGCAAGAAGCCCUGCUUCAGCACAGGCCUCGCCGAGAUUCUGCAGUUCAUGGAGCUCAUCGGAAAUCUAAAGCACACCAAACGCACUGGCUGGGUGCUGCGUGAUGUCAACGACUGUGAAUCGAUUUCGGGUCACAUGUAUCGGAUGAGCAUGCUGACCUUUCUGCUCGAUGGCAGCGAGGGACUCAAUCAGAUACGAUGCAUGGAACUGGCGCUGGUGCACGAUCUAGCGGAGAGUCUAGUGGGUGAUAUAACCCCAUUCUGUGGCGUGUCCAAGGAGGAAAAGCGGGCCAUGGAAUUCAAGGCAAUGGAGGAUAUAUGCAAGCUGAUCGAGCCACGCGGCAAGCGCAUAAUGGAACUAUUCGAGGAAUACGAACAUGCAGAGAGCGCUGAGAGCAGAUUUGUCAAGGAUCUGGAUCGCUUGGACAUGGUGAUGCAGGCGUUUGAGUACGAGAAGCGCGACAAUUGCCUGCUGAAGCAUCAGGAAUUCUUCGACUCAACGGAGGGCAAGUUCAAUCAUCCGUUUGUGAAGAAGCUGGUAAACGAGAUCUACGAGCAGAGAGAUGUACUGGCCAAGGCCAAGGGCGCCACACCACCGCCGGCAAUUGUAGUGCCCAAAAUGGAGCUGCCGCCCCACAAGUUGGCCACGAACGGUCACGACAGCUCAAGUUGAGCAUAAGCGUUACUUCUAAGCAAAAACCAGUUCUCUAGGCUAGCGCAUAUAACACAUCCUUACACAAACAAAACACGCUCUUAAUUUGUAAGCCAAAACAAAAACCCAACCACGGACCUCGACACGCUCUAACAAUUAUCACACGUAAUUUAUUGCCACAAAAAAAAAACAAAGAAAAAAGGA